GUGGCUAUCAAAAUCAUCGACAAGACCCAGCUGGAUGAGGUAAAUCUGAAGAAAGUGUACAGGGAAGUACAGAUCAUGAAGCUUAUCAACCACAACCACAUUGUCAAAUUGUAUCAGGUGAUGGAGACAAAGAACAUGCUAUACCUGGUGUCCGAGUAUGCCCCAAACGGGGAGAUAUUUGACUACAUUGCUCAACAUGGUAGGAUGUCAGAACAGGAUGCCAGGAGAAAGUUCUGGCAGAUUCUAUCGGCGGUGGAAUACUGCCACAAUCGGCACAUUGUCCACAGGGACUUGAAAGCUGAGAAUCUGUUGUUAGAUGCCAACAUGAACAUCAAAAUUGCAGAUUUUGGUUUUGGAAAUUUCUUUGAGCCUAACGAACAACUUGCAACUUGGUGUGGCAGUCCCCCGUAUGCAGCACCAGAAGUCUAUGAAGGAAAGAAGUACUUAGGUCCUCAGAUUGACAUCUGGAGCCUCGGUGUGGUCCUGUAUGUGCUGGUUUGCGGUGCCCUGCCCUUUGAUGGUCCAAAUCUUCAGGUACUCCGAGACCGGGUAUUGUCAGGAAGAUUUCGCAUCCCAUACUUUAUGUCAUCAGAGUGUGAGCACCUGAUACGAAGGAUGUUGGUGCUUGAGCCAACAAAACGCUACAGCAUUGUUCAGAUUCGUGCACACCGCUGGAUGCAGAUGGAAGAGAGCUACCCCAGCUCUGCACCUCCCUCCCCCAUCAUUGGCUACAACGCCAAGGUCGGGGAAUUUAAUGAACAAAUCCUCAGGAUUAUGCAGAGUUUGGGCAUUGAUCAGAAGAAGACGAUGGAGGCACUACGAAAAGACUUGUAUGACCACUACACGGCAAUUUAUUACUUAUUACUGGAUAGGCUGAGGCAUCAUCGCAGCAGUUUUCCUUCAGACACACGCGUCGAUGCUCGUAGACGCAGACCUAGCACCAUAGCAGAACAAGCUAUGAUGCAGAACAUGCCUGGCAGGCCAUUGAUUGGAACCACCAAACACGGUGGCUUCUCCAGGACAUUAGAUGCCCCAAGUGCAGGAACAGUUCUGGUACACCGAAACUACCCUCUGUCUGAGGUUGAGGUCAUCCCACCACCUCCCAAUGUACCACACUGCAUGACAGAAGUCCUUCCUAAACCUUUCGCAAAGUCAUCACAGGUCACAUGUGGAUCAGCAAUUCCUGGUGCCAGCGUCAUUACCACUUCCAUCGAUGAAGGAGUGGAGGUUGAUAUCAUGGAUCGGCGGGACUCAGAUGUGGAGUCUGUUUCUGAAGUGAGCAUAGGGUACAUGUCCAGGACCGGAGGCUCCUACUCUGGGUUUGGCAUUGCUCGUUCGGACCUAUCAUCUAGCAGCGGUAGUGGCCGCAAGCAGAGCUGUAACAGUGUAGCUUCUGGGACUCUCUCUCCAUGUACUAGUAUUGAUUCUAGUCUGGGUGUUGACUUUUCAUCACCCUUCCUUCCAGCACUUCAACUGCCUCAGCAGCAUCUACAACAACAACAACAGACUUCAUUGUCCUCCCCAACUUCAUCCUAUCGAGCUGCGGCAGCAACUAUGGGCCUGGAUGAAUCCUUUAACUAUGGUGUUGGUGGUGGUGAAACUAAUGUUAUGCCGCACAGUGACAGCUCAAAUCAGCACCUGCUGAGUCUGUACCCCAGUGCCAUGCUGAGCCACCUAUCCAACGUCAGUGGAGGAGGGGCAUCUCGACAUGGACGUUACUCUAUCAGUGGACCUUCUGCAGCUCUGCCAAUGUCUCUUCACCCUGAACUGCCUUGCGUCAACCACCAGUAUCUUCAGGUGAAUCCUGAAAAUAACCAGGCAUCAGAGGAACUCUAUCAGGACAGAGCCCAGACUCGCUCACCUGUAAACUUUCGAGAAGGCCGUCGAGCAUCUGAUGGGCUUGUUGCUCAGGGGAUUAUUGCUUUCAGGCAGAAGUUGAAGGAGAGCAUGCGGGCACAGGGGAUGUUGGAGCUUAGGCAGGAGCAUCAACAGUUGCAG